GUAAAGUCUAGCCAAAAUGGCGAACCACAUGUAGGGGUCGAGUGUGGCUUAGUGUAAAAAUUGAAUCAUUUUUAAGAGUUCACUGUGCUUAGUUACAUAUCGUAUAAGCCAUGUUCAUAAACAAUGGCCUGCGGGCUGUUCUGAAGUCGUCAGCGGGCGUUUUGCGUGAAAGCUCCACUCUGUGCUCCGCGGUGUCAGUCAAACCGUGGACCUGCAGUUCGGCUUUAUUAUCUGGACCGACAGUUAGCAGAGUUACAGGAAGCUUUGCUGUUCCUCCACCAGUAAGACAUUAUGCUCGAGCUGCAAAGACAGAGAAGACAGACCCUAAGAGCCAGCUCAGCGAUCUUCCUCCAACAAUGCUGAAAAUGGAUUAUGCAGCUGUUCCUCUUGCUCAAAUGACUGAUGAUGUUGUGAAACGUCUACUUUCAUUGGAGCUGGCAAGUCAUAGGGAAAAGCUAAAGCUGAAGACAGAACAGCUGAUCAAAAAGGUGCAGAGGGAUGAGAAUGACUACAGCUCAGUAGAAGUCCAGGUGGCUGUUUUGACUGCAAGAAUAAGAAACUACCAGGAGCAUUUGCUAAAACACCACAAGGACAAAGCAAACAAGAGACGGAUGCUCAUGGCUGUUGACCGAAGGAAAAAGCUUUUGAAAAAUCUUAGGUUGGUUCGCUAUGAUGCCUUUGAGAAAGUGUGUGAGCAGCUGGGUAUCACCUACAACUUGCCCCCAGAGUACUACAGGCGGGCCACCCGCCGCUGGCUGGCAAAGAAAGAGUUCUGCAUUAAGGUCUUCAAGGCUAUCCAGAAACAGAAAGCAGAGCAAAAGUUACAGCUGAACCAGAGCUUAGACACCACAGAGACAGAGGAAGCCAAACAAGAGGUUAAAGCCUAAUAAAGAUCAUUUUCUGUGCAACAGUCAAUUCUUAAUAGUGGACUUGUAUAAAUGUUUUAGUUCCUCUUUCAAAUGUGGACGAAUUACUUUCUUUUUUUUUGUCUUCUCUUCCCAUCAUACCAUAUUUAGCUGUGUUGCUUAAAUUAAAAUAAAAAUGUUCCAGAAAGUUGUGUGGAUAUUU